AUGCCGCGCAAGUCGGGCCCCGCCAAGACUACAUCUUCGCCCUCGUCCCCCGCUGCUGGUCCCACCACAGGGGCUCGUAGGGCUGCAACCUCGGGCCCUAGCCAUGGCAGGAAAAGUAGUCAAACUUCUACUCAGCAGUCCUCUCCUCCUAGCUCUCCUGCUAGUACUGCCCCGUCCACCCCGGCUGCUACUACCCCAAUGGCUCUUUCUACCCACGCCCCAUCAGCUACCCCGACUCAAUCGGCGCCUAGUCCGGCUCCGGCACCAGUAGCUGCUCCGGCGGCGGCCAGUCCCCCACCUGCUGCGCCCUCGGGUGGUGGUGGUGGUGGUGGUGGUGGGAUGCUAUCUGGUCUGGCUGGUUCGUUGAUGGGUGGUAUGGCAUCCGGUGUGGGAAUGUCCGUCGCCAACCGUGCUGUUGACGCCAUCUUUGGCCCUAGACAAACUGAGGUUGUUCACAAGCACGAAGGCGCACCCGCAGCAGCUCCGAGCGAUCCAUGUACGGGUCAGCAGGACAGUCUUAACCAGUGCCUGUCGAGUAAGGAGUCAUUCGAGUGCCAAUCUCUCGUUGAUCAGCUGAAGCAGUGCAAGGCGCAGGCAGUUUGA